AACAUUCAGUUUCUCAAAUGUUCCUGUGAGCAUGGAGAAGUUCUGAGUGUGUUUCGGCGAGAUGACUUCCUCUGGAUACAGAGUGUUUACACCUUCGUCUGAGUGUGUUACUGCUCAUGUAACAUAAACUUUCUCUUCAAAGUUUGUGAAGCUUCUCUUUCCCUAAACGGCGGAAAGAAACGCGGCGCCGGAGAUCCAGAGGAUUUGGAGACAUGGCUGCGGGAUUUGUAGCUCUGUGGACUCUGACAUGGACCAUCGGUGUUGGUGCGGCAUCGGAGAAUGAAACUGCAGGUGUCUGUAUAGACCACGGAGUAGCGUUCGACCGUGUGUUUGCAGUCCCACAUGAGGCAGCGCUGUUAGAUUGUGAACCGGUGAAGGAUUAUCUCUUUGAUUUAUUUAACAUCCCUUAUAACGUGACGUGGUUUGACCAGAGGACUGGCCUGAAGUUCACAGGAGAGGAGAACCAUACUGUUCUACAUGGAUCUUCACUGUUGUUCCUCAACACUUACAGGGAACACCAGGGCCACUAUUUAUGUGUUGUCAGAACUCCAGAUCAGUGCUACAAGCAGGUGAGGGUACUUCUGGUAGAGGACAAGGUGUUUGGAUCAUGCCGCUCCUCUCGGACAGCAGUGCAGCGGAUGCAGAGUCUCGUGAACGACAACCUGAGGUGUCCUUUAUCUGACUACACGAACAUAGCGGACAGCUACUCCAUACACUGGUACAAGGACUGUGAAAGUAUUCAGGAAGGAUCCAAGUUUCACUUCACAGAGAACAACCUCAUGCUCCACGUACGCAAAGUUUCCCUAGAUGAUGCCGGGUUUUAUACCUGCAGGAUGACCUUUAACCUCACUGGAGUCAUUAGUGUAGUCACAGAGACCAUCGAGUGUGAAAUAACUGAGUCCAUAUCAAAACGACCUCAAAUGCUGGAGCCCACUGACAACACCAUGAAAGUACUUGCAGGAUCUUCGAUUAACAUGACGUGUCGCGUGUUUUUACCUGGCAAAGGAGUUCACAUGACGGGGGUAGUCUGGGAGUUUAAGGGCCAAUAUGUCUUACCGAACAUCUCCGAGCGCAUCCACCAGGGACCUCUGGAAGAGAUUCAGGUGGAUGAGGGCUGGUGGUUGGAGCGCAGCCUGUUUGUGUCUCGGGUAAAACCAAAAGAUUUUAACCUGACCUUCACCUGCAGGGCUUUAAGCCACAGAGGAACUGCAGUUGGAUACUUUACCCUCCAACCUGCAGAUCCUGAUCUGCGCCUGCCGAUCGGACUCCUGGCCACGACAAUGGCUCUUCUUUUCAUCAUGGGACUUCUCCUGUACAGAGUGUUUAAGGUGGAGCUCACUCUGCUCUUCCGGACCCUGUUUCCUUUCUUUUACGCAAGCACAGAUGGCGAUGGGAAAUUGUACGAUGCCUAUGUGGUGUAUCCACGAGGUCAAGGAGACGCGCUGAGUGAAGCGGUUGAGACUUUUGUUCUGAAGACGCUGCCCCAGGUUCUGGAGGGACACUUUGGGUACCGGCUCUUCAUCUUAGGUCGGGACAGUCUACCUGGACAAGCUGUGGCAGACGUAGUGGACGAGACGAUGAAUCUCUGUCGUCGUCUGAUGCUGCUGUACACCAGCUCGUCUCUGAGCAGGACAGACGGCACAUCAUGGUUCGAGCAGCAGGCAGGCCUCCACCGUGUCUUUAUGGAUGACUCGAUCUCUGUGAUGCUGCUGGAGAUGGAGCGGCUCCAUGAUCCCUCCAUCCUCCCUGAGUCACUGUGUGUCCUGCGGCAUAAGCAGGGGGCACUACAGGCCUGGAAGAGGCGGAGGAGGUGGAUGUGUAUGGCGGAAUAUGGAGAAGAGGACCAGACAAGUCUUUCUUCAUUUACUUUGACUGCUCGCUUCUGGAGGAAAGUGCGCUACUACAUGCCAGUGAGAGGCAAAGCCAAGCGUCACUCAAAGAGAAAGAUUUUCUUGAACUUGUGACUUGACUCAUUAAAUGUUGGUGCAAAAUUCCAACGAGAAACAGAGCCCAGGUUUAAUGAUGUGGAGUCUCAAAAGUCUGCACCAUGAUGCACUGCAAUGCAAUGAGACCACUGCAAAUAAAAUAGGCCGGAUGAAAAAGCCUUGAAUGGGAAGAGACUUGAGAACGCAGAGAAUCAUUCGCUUCAAUUCUGGUGUUCACCCUGGUGGUGUUCAACACAGGCUGAGCUUUCUAGUUUAAAUCAAUCCAGCAGACAAGUGAUACAUAAAACAAACAAACCCAAAUGUCCAAACUGCUGAUUAUCUAGUAGCACAAUCAGACCAGUCACUGCACACAUUUGCAGAAAUGAUGUAAGCAGAUUUUUUUUGCUGCAGUCUGGUAAGAAACAUGCGUCUGCUUAAGUCUGCUGUGAUUCCUUGAGAGUUACGCUGUUGGUCUGUUAGCAGUAUUUAUUAUCGUAUGAACUCUGUGUGUUAGUGCUGAUUUUUUGCCACUGGCAGCCUGACACGAGAUCUUUUUUCCACUGAAGUCUGUCACAAAUUUAUAGAAAAUCUUUGAACAGUCAUCAGAAGUAAAUGUGAAGCACUGUGUGUAUUAUUAUGUUAAUAUUCUCAGGGAAGUGUGAGAAACGGAUGGAGAUUAAAAAAAAGCACCACACACACGCACGCACAUCGACACACACAUAUUCUCACACACCCCACACACACUCACACACAAAUGCACACACACUCACUCUUGCACACAAACACACAGACACACACUCAUGCACAUAAACAUUUAUGCACAAUCCUGCACAUACACACAUGCAAGCAAGCACUCAGACACAAACACACACACACAUGCAUGUACCCCCCCACACACAAACACACAGUACAUGUUGUAUAUAGUGGAUGGAAAUGCCUCAGCAAUCCACAUUUGUAGCAUUUCCACAUUUGUUUUGGUACGUGCUGUUUACUGCAUUCGUUUGUGAAAAUGGUAUUUAGAGACAUGUUCAGAGAUAAAAAGGUUUUUACAAACAUGUUCAAAUGUCAAAGUGCACGUGCAAUUUUAUAAUGAAGAUGGUAGUCCAGUGGUUGAGAUGUGGGACUGAUGAUGGGAUGACUGUGAGCUCAAAUCUCAGGACCACCAAUCUGCCACUGCUGGGCCCCUGAGCAAGGCCCUCGACCCUCAACCGUUGAAAAAAUGCAAUUUAAUGUAGUUGUGCUGGAGAAGGGUGUCUGUGAUCCAUAAAUGUAAAAAAUUUUUACUUUCUGAACAGGGCAUGAAGUAGCUACAUAGAACUUCUAUGUAAAAUUGUGGUACCUCUUUUCAAGACAACCUUUGAUUGACUUUAGGUCAAUCAGUCUACAUACUAUUACUAAGUCCGCACAAAUUGUAGAUUAUAAAAAUAUAAUGCAAAUAUGUUCUCAACUUUAGGCCAAUGAAGCUGACAGAAAACGUCUGCUUAUGACUUUAAAUGAUAAAUCGGUAGAGGAAAGCAACAGGUCCAAACAACAAAACAGUAAAAUGAAUAAACUUUCUAAAGCUGAAUUCAGAAAUAAUAAAUACAAAACCUUUUUUACUGCCAGACUUCACCAGCAGACUUGUACAGGUCACUAAAUAACUGAUUUAUGUACAGAUUCGCUGUUGUAUGUGUUUAUAGUAAUAAAGAAUAAGCAAUCGUGGAGCAAUGGAGCUACAAUGUAUGUUUAACAAUGUGGUUUAUGAGGAAGUAAAAGGUGUGUAGCUUUUCUUUAUUAACUCUGGCUUGCUAGCUUAAAAAAAUAAGAUUUUCAUGUCACACUUUGCUGAAUAUACUUUGUAUUGUUGAUUUUGUUUUACUGUUGUAUAUUAAAAACUUUAUUUCUGUUUGG